AUGGGAAAUGAGAAGGAAACCAAGGAAUUUCUGGAGGAGAAAGGGACAACAUCGAACCCGGUGGUCAAACUACCUGCUGGUCUCCUUAAGAAAGUGAGAGAACCAUGGAAGAAAUGUCUCAUUGUACGACUUUUGGGAAGGAAUAUCGGCUAUAAUUUGUUUAUAAACAGAAUGAGGAAGGUGUGGAAUCUUCAAGCAGAUUUUGAAACUUUGGAUAUUGGAAAUGGGUUCUUUAUAGUGAAAUUUGAAAUGAUGGAGGAUUACAUGAAGGUUUUCAUUGGAGGACCGUGGGUAGUGAUGGAUCGAUAUGUGACUGUUCGUAAAUGGCAACCUGAUUUCAAAUCUAAUGAGGCAGAGAAGGACACAACGGCAAUCUGGGUUCGUUUCCCUAAUCUCCCCAUUGAGUAUUAUGAUGAUAAGGUUCUCUACCACAUCUCGAAGGUGCUCAGUACUCCAUUGAAGGUUGAUAUUAACACUGCCAUGGCGGCACGAGGGAAAUAUGCAAGGGUCUGUGUUGAGUUAGACUUGCACAAGCCACUUAUUUCGCAUAUCACUAUUGGACGCUACCACUACGUGGUGGAAUAUGAACAUUUACAUACGUUGUGUUUUUCUUGUGGACGAGUUGGCCAUCGGAAAGAAAAGUGCACUGAAUAUCCGGUGAUACAGCCAGAGAAGACGAUGCAAGAUAUGACCGUUACCCAUCCAGAUUCUGGUAAUGGAUCAGGAACAUCAAAGCCCACUGGGCAAAAGAAUGAGGUAGGUUUUAAUUUGGACGAGAAACUAGGUUAUGGGCUGUGGACUAUAGCACCCAGUAGAAGGAAAUUUCAACAAGGGAAGCAGAAGCAUAAGGCCCACUACCAAAAGAGCAACAUAUUUAAAGUAUUACAACUAGACAAAGAUCAUGGGGAAAAUAGUGAAGGCCAGAAGUGUAGUAAAGCCCAAGGAAAUCAUGUGGAUCUAGACAUGGGCACUAAUAUGGCUACUAGUGAUACAGAUAGUGCCCAAAAUAGGGGACCACUGGACACAUUAGUGCAGACCUCACUAGUAAUGGAUGUGGAGCUAGCACAUGCUGUGGAGGAUAGGAGGCAAGAUACAGAGAUGGGUUUGGCACAUGGGCUAAGUGGAAAAGAGGAGCUCCAGCAGGCCAAUCAGUCCAGUACUCCCAAAUUAGGCCCACAAGCUAGAGUGUGUGAAAACAUAAGUCAAGGAAACCCUAAUUCUAACUCUGGUUCCAAGCCACUAAAUAGCCCCCAUAGCUCUCCGAGUUUGCCAGUUGAUAAACCCUCAGCAAAUCGUUCAAGAGCAAGAGGAGGGAAAUCACUGGCUCCAAGCAAGUCUCUGGAAGAUAGACCUGAUGGAAGAAGUUGCCGAGACCACUCGGAUGAUAGAGCACCGUGUGGACUAGUGCAGAACGCUGCUAUUUUUAGAACUCGAGAAAGAAGUAUAUCACCACGUCGGAAUAGAUUGGUGGCUCAACAAAGUAAAACUCCUGAUCCAACCAUGGUGGGAGAUAGACUCGCACAAUGUGAGACACAUGGUGCUUGUGAAACCAGCGAAAGCUUUCGAGGAAGACAAGAAAAAUGUGACAAGCAUUCUGGGUCUACCUGA